UCGAAUACAGAAAUGGAGGUUAAUAUCGGCGAUGUUUAUGCUGUUAACUUCAUUGGUUGGGGUUUGGUUCAUGAAUCUGCUCUUGCCAGCUUGGAAGUAUCCCUUUUAGAUCAUUCUUCUGAGGUGAAACAUAUGUACAGGUUUACUAUCUAUGUUGUUCACAAAUCAAAGACCCAAUCAUCUGUUUGGAUGCCAUUAGUUUACACUUUUGGUCAUAAAGAUUUGGAGAUUUGUAUGUCUUGGGUAAACCAGAUUAAUUCUCAUCUGCACAUGGAAGUUAAGCGACCUAAGAAUCUUCUGGUUUUGGUUCAUCCGAGGAGUGGGAAAGGACAUGGAUGCAAAAUAUGGGAAACAGUGGCUCCCUUAUUUUCUCAGGCCAAAGUUAAAACUAAGGUAAUAGUGACAGAGAGGGCCGGACAUGCAAGAGGUAUGCUAUCCUCAAUUACAAAUAGGGAGCUGAAUUUGUACGAUAGUGUUGUAGCUGUUGUAAGUAGUUGUAUCCUUCCACUUCCACGUAUCUAUUUUCCGAUAUUUAUGGAAUAUGGGUUGUUCUGUCAGAAAACAUGGAUAUAAAGUAGAGCUACUUAGUUAUAUAUAUGCUUCGUGCUGAGUUACCGUUUCUCGCAUCCAAACAUGAUUAUCAUGUACUACAAUUGAAUAGUCAUGUUCACUAAUUUAUUGUGCUGCAUCAACUAAAUUAUUUAAUUUACUUCAGUAACCAUUUAAUAUAUAUUCAAAAUAUA